CCAGUCCCAACUCAAUCAGUCCCCUCUCUUGUCCUCCAUGUUCUAAAUUUUGUGCCCAUUUUCUCUCUUCCCAGUUCCGACAGGCUUUUUCGAAAAUGGCCAACAUCAAAGAGUUUUUAGCCAGAAUGUCCGAAUCAGGCAAAAAAUUAUCCACAAACAAGAAAAACAAGAAGCUCUUCAUAACCCUUUUCGCAACCGUCCUACUCGUGGGCGCCGUCAUCGGCAUUGUCACCGGAGUAAAGUCCUCCAAAAACAACUCCGACGACGAAACCAUCGAGGCCUCCCACGCCAUAGUCAAAUUCUCAUGCAGCUCCACCCUCUACCCUGAUCUGUGCUUUUCAACUCUUGCCCUUCACCCGGAAGCCUCCAAAAAGGUUUCGAGCCAGAAGGAUGUGAUAGAAUUGUCACUGAACAUCACGACCACGGCGGUGCAGCACAUCUUCUUCACCGUCGAGAAGCUGCUGAAGUCCAGGAAGAAUAAGCUCGCUAAGCGUGAGAAGGGCGCUCUCCACGACUGUUUGGAGACCAUUGACGAAACCCUCGACGAGCUCCACGAGGCUGUCGAGGAUCUCCAUGAUUACCCUAAUAAGAAGACUUUGGUUCAGCAUGCCGAUGACCUUAAAACUUUGAUAAGCUCCGCCAUUACCAACCAAGAAACUUGCCUUGAUGGGUUCUCGCAUGAUGGAGCUAAUAAGAAAGUUAGGAAAGUUUUGUUGGCUGGUGAGGAACACAUAGAAAAAUUGUGCAGUAAUGUACUGGCCAUGAUCAAGAACAUGACCGAUACCGACAUUGCAAACGAGAUGAAAAUGAAUGUGAACCGAAAACUCAAGGAGGAUAUGGUGGACGAGCACGGCUGGCCGGAUUGGCUGUCGGUGGCGGACAGGCGACUGCUGCAGUCGUCUUCUGUUACGCCGAAUGUGGUGGUGGCAGCAGACGGCACUGGGAACUACAAGACGGUGUCGGAAGCGGUGGCUGCUGCCCCAGAGAAGAGUAGUAGCAGAUACGUGAUUAAAAUAAAGGCGGGGGUUUAUAGAGAAAAUGUCGACGUGCCAAAGAAAAAGACCAACAUUAUGUUUUUGGGAGAAGGGAGGGUAAACACCAUCAUCACUGCUAGUAGAAAUGUCGUCGAUGGCAGCACAACUUUCAACUCAGCCACAGUUGCUGUGGUUGGUGAGAAGUUUCUAGCCCAAGACAUAACAUUCCAAAACACAGCAGGUCCAUCAAAACACCAAGCUGUUGCCCUAAGAGUAGGGUCCGAUCUCUCAGCAUUCUACCACUGCGACAUUCUUGCGUACCAAGACUCACUUUACGUGCACUCGAAUCGCCAGUUUUUUGAAGGUUGCUUGGUAGCCGGAACAGUUGACUUCAUCUUCGGCAAUGCUGCUGUCGUGUUACAAAAUUGUGACAUCCAUGCAAGAAAACCUAAUUCCGGCCAGAAGAACAUGGUCACUGCACAAGGCAGAACUGACCCAAAUCAAAACACCGGCAUCAUCAUCCAAAAAUCGAGAAUCGGCGCCACUUCCGACUUGCAAGCCACAAAGAGCAGCUUCAAAACGUUUUUGGGAAGGCCAUGGAAGGAGUAUUCAAGGACUGUGAUCAUGCAGUCAAGUAUAACUGAUAUCAUUGACCCUGUUGGGUGGCAUGAGUGGUCUGGCACUUUUGCCCUCGACACUUUGUUUUAUGGGGAGUAUGCUAACACUGGGGCAGGCGCUGGGAUUGCAAAUAGGGUGACGUGGAAGGGGUUUAAGGUAAUUACAAGUCCCGCUGAGGCUGAGGCGUUUACGCCAGGGAACUUUAUUGCUGGUGGUAGUUGGAUUAGAUCUUCUGGUUUUCCAUUUAUUCUUGGGCUGUAAAAUGUAAAUUUUACACUUGUUUUGUUGUCGUACUAUUGUAUUCUUGUGAGGUUAACUUGUGUUGGGUGAUGUUUGACCUAAAUUGUAAUAAUAUCCCUUAACCUACUAUCUGUUGUAAUCAAUAAGAGUAUCUAUUAUUUUUGUCAAGAAA